UACUCUAAAUUAAAAAGUACUCUAUUUGUUUUAUCUAAAUAGUAUCGCAACUGCGUUCAAAAGCUUAAUUCCAAUGUCUCUGCUGGCAUUGCACUCGCGAUGCGCUGCAUACCGGGGCGCCCCACUUUCAAGUAUCUGGCUGCUGAACUUGCUGGUGGGCCAUCGCAAAAGUACCAAUGUCGACGCAAUCGAUUCCUUCAUCAGCGAACUAAUGGAAGGUAAGGCUCUGAAGUGGAAAGUGCUCAGCAACAAGCACAAAUCGACUCCUCCGCUGGUGAAAGGGGGUGAUGGCGUGCUGCCGGCGGUUCAAAGCCGAGCCCCAUUCCGGCUAACGCAGAUUUUCGAUGACCUCACGUCGAAUCCGAUUGUUAUCAACAUAGAACCUUUGGAACAGACGCAUAUCGACAAUCUGAUAGAAACGGCAAUACGAGAGGAGAAUGCAAAGGACGUUCAACUUUUGUUUGAACAGAUGGUUGACUACGGGAAGCUUCCUUCCGAGAAAAUUCUGAACAUGCUGUUGGAGCACUUUUCCAAUUCUUCCGAUCGGGAACGGUUGGAGAAAUUGGUGGAGCUUUGUACCAGAGUAGAUCCUAAGUUCGUUACUGAUAAUAGCAAUCUAUUUCAUUACAAAGCCGUAAGCCUUUGGAGCAGCGGGAAUUCGCUCAAUUCGUUGGAUAUGUUCAAGAAAGCCCUCAUCGAGUCCACCAGCGAAAGCAAAAUCGUGGUCAAUCGACUGCUUGUAAAAAUCGUAGACGAAACCAUUGGGAAGAAAAGUGAAGCCGUUCUGCUCGCUGUGAUUGAGUUGGGCGAGUUUUGCUUGACGGAAAUAAACGACGACUUCCUGAUAGGCUACGUGUGGGAGCGGAGCUUCCUGAGCCAGUGGUUCAGUGACCAAGAAGCGGCCAAAGCGCUGUUCGACAAGCACGAAAGACUGAGAUUGGUAAUUGCUAAAAGAGUUAGCAGUAUGUGCUUCAAUUGCAUGCAGGAUUUUAACACCGAGCCACUGUACCGACUGAUGGAAUUAUUUUUAAAACAUCAAAUGUCCACCCAGUGCCGACUAAUAUUAAUUAGCUUGUUUGAAUACGAAUAUUGGAGACAAAACUUGCGAGCAUGCUCGGAGAUAAUGCAGAAUUCUAUCGACCUGGAUAUUCCUCUGCCAGAGACGUACAACCAAAAGCUGCUGGACCUGCUGUUGGGUCGCUCCAUUCUGCAGCAUAAACCUACCACCGACAGUGUAGCCAAACGAAAGCAGAAACUACAGGCGAAGAAAUACCAGCUGAAGUUUUAAAAUUCUUGAGAUUUUGUGAAAUCUUAGCAGAAUCGUUCGAUGAAAUAAUUGUAUAUAGUGUGUAAAUAAGACAAAUGUAGGUGAUUUUUCUAUUAGAAAUAUCAAAAUAUAGAACAAAAAUUAUAUAUUACA